UGCGAAACGAGAUCGAGCUGCGUUUUGUGUACAAAAAGAAAGUUUAAUUUGAUGUGUUUUUCUGUAAAUGUGCGUGUUAUUGAAGUGUACAAUCACUAUUUAGUUUAUAAACUUGGUUUUGGUAUUACUAUGUACGCAAGAACUGCGGCUAUGUACUGCAAAGUUGUGGCCCUCAGUGCGUGAGAGUUUUUUCGUUCCCUCUUUGUGGCUUCUUAUUGUGUUUGUGAUAUUUGUGAUCCGAAAGUUUAAGGGCGCGCGGGUUAAAGAUACAUUUGGGGAAUAACAAAGUGCUGCUGCAAACGUUUUACCACCUGCAAUCAAAGGACGCCAGGCGAGCAUCGUCACCACGGCAACCGAGACCAUGUCACUGCGAGGAUUUCGGAAGUCCGCUCAGAAUGGGUUGGAGGAAGGUAAAGAAGCCGCAGAUUCGAAGCUAUCGCUUAUCCCUGGAAGGAAGCGAAUCCAGAUGAUGGGAGAUAGUGACAGCGAAAGCGAUGUAUCUUCUCCCAUUAAGCCUGUACCGAUCCCGAUGGUGGGCGCCGUAAAAGAUAAUGGGUCCGCUACAUCUCCUGCUACGUUGACUGUGAAAGAAAAAGAGUUGCGACUACAGUCGGUGCGGCGGGCCUGUAUGGAAGUUGAUGCAAUGUUGCUACAAACGGCUUUGAUGUCCCACGAAUGGGAUGUCAAUAAAGCUAUUGAAGAGCUCAAGAAAUCUGCAAGCGUCAAGCGUAAAAUCAUUAUAAGCCCAUCAUCAGUAAAACCAGCGCCCCCUGAACCGUUGGGUAAUGGGACUGGGCAAAAUGAACGACCCGCGAAAAAGAGACGCGUUCAAGAGACAAACAAAAGUGAAGAUGAAAGUGAUUAUGAUUCGGACCGUCCUACGCAGCUCGUAUUUGAUAGUGAUGAAGAUAGCGAUGGAGGCGCAGAAAUUAGUCAUGGCAAAAUGUCGGGCGAACGUAAAGGCGUUCUCGAAUUUCUCAAUUCUGCUGUAUUGCACGAGAUGGUUUGUAUUAAAACGUUAUCGAUGAAGAAAAUCGAACUUUUGGUUGAAUUACGCCCUUUCAAAGAUUGGGCAAAUCUGGUAGAUAAGCUGAAAUCUCACCGAUCGCUGCAAACAGACAUAUUGAACUAUACGCAAGAGUACUUAACACGAAGGAACAAUGUUGCAGCGGUAAUGGGAAAAUGUAAGAAGAUCAUCAAAAAGUUAGAGGAAGCGAUAGCAUCUGGCGGUACGUUGGUUGAGCAGCCGGGAAAUAUAGGCGAGGGAUUAAAAUUAGCACAGUACCAGCUCGUCGGAUUGAACUGGCUAACAAUAAUGCACCGCAACAACAUGAACGCCAUUUUGGCCGACGAAAUGGGGCUCGGGAAAACGAUUCAGAUUAUUGCGUUCCUAGCUUGGUUGAAAGAAAACGGACACCAAGAACGACCAUUCCUGGUGGUGGUACCAUCAUCCACCGUGGACAACUGGGAGCAGGAGCUUGUCAAAUGGUGCCCCGAGUUGGUGAUAUUGAAGUAUUACGGAAACCAGACCGAACGUCGCAUGAUACGCGUAGAUUGGGCGAAAAAUGGCAUAAACGAAGUAGACGUUGUGCUGACCACGUACCACAUGAUGGGUGCAUCGGGCGAGGAGCGGAAAAUGUGGCGUGUAACGCAGUUCGAUUAUGCUGUGUUCGACGAAGCACAUAUGCUGAAGAAUGUGCAUUCGCAGCGUUACCAAAAUCUUAUUCGGAUUAAUGCCAAGCAUCGCAUUUUGCUGACAGGCACACCGUUGCAGAACAAUCUACUCGAGCUGAUGUCGUUGCUUUGUUUCCUUAUGCCCAAGCUCCUUGGUACGAAGGUGGAUGAUAUUAAAACUUUGUUUCAGGGCAAAGCGAAAAGUACCAAAGCUGAAAUCGAGGAAGAACUGUCUUCCUUUGAAAAAAAUCAAAUUGAUCGCGCAAAGUUGAUAAUGAAGCCGUUUGUACUUCGCCGUCUUAAACAGGAUGUGCUACAGUUCCUGCCGCCCAAAACUGAUGUUAUUCUCAAAGCACCAAUGAUUGACUCACAAAGAGAGAAAUAUAAAGAAGUGGUGGACGAAUACCAAAAGGCUACUGGAGUAAUCAAGGAAAAUAGGGAAAUUAGCGGAUUGUCCAUCAUGAUGGAGCUAAGGAAACUUGCCAACCAUCCUUUGUUGUUGAGGUAUUAUUAUUCCGACGAUGAUGUUCGCAACAUUGCAAGAAAAUUAGCGACCGAUCCAGACUAUAAAGGUAACAAUGCAGAUGAUAUUUUCUACGACAUUGCAUACUUAUCUGACUUCAAACUGUACCAGAUGCGCGACAAAUAUACGACAUUGUACGACCUGCGGUUACCAGAGAAGCUGAUCACCGCCUCGGGAAAGUUUCGCCAGUUGGAUGAGUUAUUACCGAAGAUGAAGGAAGAAGGGCACCGUGUGUUGAUCUUCAGCCAGUUUACUAUGAUGCUGGACAUUAUGGAAAAGUACCUGCAAAUUCGAAAGUACGAAUUCCUGAGGCUGGACGGUUCGACGGCCGUCACCGAGCGACAGGAGCUGAUUGAUCAGUAUACGGAAGAUCCGAAUCUCUUCAUAUUCCUGCUGUCAACAAAGGCGGGUGGAUUGGGCAUUAAUUUGACCGCGGCGGACACUGUAAUCAUACAUGACAUUGACUUCAAUCCGUACAAUGACAAGCAGGCGGAGGAUCGCGCCCAUCGAAUGGGUCAGAAGAAGCCUGUUAAGAUAUACAAGCUUAUAUCGGAAGACACGAUCGAGGAAGGCAUGCUAAUGAUUGCGCAGCAGAAACUACAAUUGGAGAAGGAUGUCACCGAUGAGGGUGGCAAUAAUCCUGAGGAACAUCACAAAUGCAUGGUUGGAUUGUUAACGAUGGCGCUGGGAUUGGACGCGAAGGAGGCAGAAACAAUACUGAAAAACGAGUCUCCCAUGAAGAAACCGAUGGAUGAGGAGUUUUAAUUACCUACCGCUGGGAAGAAAUGUCCAUGCUAGACGUGAAGUUUUUGUUGGCGUUACACUCGUUAAAUUGACUGUUGAAAAAAUAACCAACAAAUGACUGUAAGUAUCUCUCUUCGAAAGAUCGCCAACAGGUCUGCUUCGCUAAUGUAUGUAAUCGAAGUUGAUUUAAUUUCGAAAUAAUACUUUUUUUAUAAGCUAUAUUUAUACGAUGUACGAAGGAUGACCGAUGAUGGUAUGCGUAAUGCGUAGCUAAAUAAUGGCAAGAAAUAUAUCAGUAAACCAUUUGUU